GGGCAAGAGAGGUGUUUUUUUACCGGCAAAGAGUGUUUUCUAAGUUCUAACCUUAGCAACAACCAUGGCUUCUUCUACUUCAAUCUCUGGUUUCACCAUCUGUUCGAAUUCCCAGUCAGAAUUUCUCAGUUCCAAAUCUUCACGCUAUGCCUUCUCCAAUUCCCUUCCUAGGAUUUCAUUUCAACUCCCCACACAUUUUCCAGCACUUGUUUCUUCCGCACCAAGGGUCUUAUCAAGUUUUGUGAAACAAAACAUAGCUUCUCUCCUCAUCGGCUCCUUCAUCUUCGUCGGCUCCUUCUCCAACAGAGCCGCCAUGGCAGCACUCACACCCCCGCUUGCUGCUGUACACACCGAGGAGAAGACGGAGACGGAGGAGGAGAUGUGCCAGAAGAUUCUGGAGAAUGACCCGAAGAACGUUGAGGCUCUGAAGGUGGUUGUGUACGGCAAGAUUAGGAGAGGGAAGGCCAAAGAGGCGAUUAAGUUGGUAGAGAGUUUGAUUAAGGUGGAGCCAAACGAAGUUGAAUGGAGGCUUUUGUUGGCCCUCUGUUACGACACCAUGGGCCACUUCAGUACUUCAAAGAGACUCUUCAAGGAAAUCUUGCGCCAAAGGCCUCUUUUUCUCAGAGCUCUCCACGGUUUGGCUAUGGUGAUGCACAAGAACCAUGAAGGGCGUGCUGUGUUUGAAAUGCUGGAUAAGGCUAGGGAGCUAGCUUCGCGUCAAGAGAGAGUUACAGAGGAGAGGAAUAUACGAAUCUUAAUUGCACAAAUGUUUGUUGUGCAGGGUGAUUUGGAGGAGGGCUUAAAAAGGUUUCAAGAUUUGGUUAAUGAAAAUCCUCGAGAUUUCAGGCCUUAUCUUUGCCAGGGAAUUAUAUACAGUCUGCUCGAUAAAAAGGAGGAAGCUGCACAGCAGUUUGAAACAUAUCAAUCUCUUGUGCCUGAAGAGUUUCCACAGAGGGGAUUCCUUGAUGAUGUUGCCUUAUCAGCAAGAGCAACUUCCAGAGAACAGUUUAUGAAGGAAUAUUCAUAUCGGAAAUAGAAACUUCUUUUCUGACUGGCUUUUGUGAUGAACUACAAUGUAUAGCAAGCAUCGGUUUUGUUUUCAUGUCACAACCUUUCUCUUUACUGUUUCGUUAUUGAUUAGCUAGCUAAUUAGUAGUUACAAUUACGGCAGUGUCUUUUUUCUUGUAUUAUUUAGUUAAUUAUGUAUUAUUAUAUUAACUAAAAUAAUUUCUUUUACAUCCAAAUAAAUGCAUUAGAUGACAGUAUAAAACUUUCGGGUUAUCAAAAUGAACUAGAAAAGAAAUCAAAAGUGAAUAAUUGUCCCAUUAUUUGCAACCACAACUUCCAGAGUAAAAAUCUUACUCACAGCUAUGAAUUCGGAUAACAGCUCCUCCAUCAACUGUAUCACAAAACCUGAAUCAUUUGGCAUCUUAUUAAAAAAGAGCAGUUACUCAGCAAUGGCUUCCAAGAUCCCUGAGAAGAAGGAGGAGCAGGCGAGCAGCACUCGACAAGCGAGCUGUUCUCGAGCGCCAACGUGGUGGCAGAGACGGCUCAGGCAAACAUCAGUGGGGAGGCAGAGAAGGUGGACAAGGCAAAAGCUGCCAAUGCGGCCGGAGACCUUCUUGACGCCGCUGGCCAGUAUGGCAAGCAUGAUGAUCAGAUUAUCACUAUUUUAGCUUCAGGUAGGUACCACCCCUAGUAAGUUCUCCUUUUGAAUCAUAUUUUUUUUUUCUCAUUAACAUUUUCAACCAAUAAUGAAUGAUAUGACCAUCCCUUGAUGGAAAGUUUGUGCGCAUACAAGUCCGAUUAGAUGCAUCAGUACCUUAUUUUCAAGAGUCAAGACAAAUCAUUCAUAUUAAAAGAUAUGGUUAUCACAAGUCAUUUAAUCAUGAUUUUGCUGCCAUAGUUUCCUUCCCCUGCUUCUAACUUGUUUUAUUGUUCUUUGUUCAAUAUAUCGCAAUUUACUUGAGCAUUGUGUACAUAAAGCAACUGCUUUAUUUCCACUGAUGGAAGGUCUUUUAAUUUUUCAAAUUUAUUGCGCUUACUUGAAGUCCUUUGUCAUUCUUAAGAGAAGAUUUUUGUAAUGAAUUUCAAGAGCAGAACCCAGAUGUCAAGUCAA